AUGCUCGCGGGGUGUCUUAUUGUUACAAUGGUUGCGGCUGGUAUAUCAGCCAGCGUGCUAAACAAGUACAUUGUAACCUAUCUGCACAUAUCGGGCAAGUUUUUCAUUCUUUCUGUGCAAACUGUGUUUCUUCUGCUCAUACUAUCUGCCAUUAACUUUUUUAUUCUCGACAAUCUCUCUUUUAAAAUAUUUUCCAUUGCCGCUCUCUCCGUGUGGAUGCUGCCUGCGGUUUCUUUGGUGAUUAUGAUAUACUCGGGCCUGGAGGCAAAUGCACGGCUCCCCAUCUCUUUAUUCACAGUUCUCAAAAAUCUUACCAUUCCUGUCAUUGCCCUGCACGAUACGCUGUACAACGGGUACAAAAUAACGCCUCUUACUUUAGCAUCUUUUGUUCUCAUUCUUGGCAGCUCGUUUCUUGGCGCAUACUCCUCAGAUAAAAAAAGAAGAGAUUCUGUGUCUCUUCUCGGAAUACUCUGGAUGAUGGUAAACUGUUUUUCGUCCGCUGCGUACAUCAUCCGAUUCAACAGCAUAGUACGAAAAACAGAUGUAAACAGCGCAGCAGCUGCAUGGAUUGUGAACGCGCUGGCAUUCCCCAUGAUAUUUCUCUGUUUUUUGGUAGAGGGCGUGGGAGAUGCUAAAGGCGCCAGAAUGAAAGAGAUAGGAAUCAUUGCGCUCUCAGGCGGAGCAGCAUGCUCCAUAGCCGUGGCCAAUGCACAGGCUGCGCACACCUUCACCACCACAACAGUGGCUGUUAUUAACGCGCUGAACAAACUUCCCAUUGCAGCGAGCGGAGUUAUUUUUGGCUUUGAGUCCACGGGGCGAGCCUCCAAAUGGGUUGCGGUGCUGAUGGGUGUAGCAUCCUCGAUACUCUAUGCAGUGUCUCGAUCGCCUGCGCAUCAGUGA